GGUUUGCGCUUCUGUAGAUUAAUUCGCUGUCAAUGGCCCGCUGGUGGACCUGUUUUCUAUGAAUACCUUGGCUUUUUACAGCCAAAAUGCCAAGUAUUUCCGUUGUUAUGGAUAUCUUAUAUUGUUUAUGGAUAUUUCCAAUGGUAGGGGCUGUCGAAGAAAUACUCAUGGACUCUACGACGGCAACAGCAGAGCUGGGGUGGACUAUCUAUCCAGCAUUGGGGUGGGAGGAGGUGAGUGGCUACGAUGAGAAUAUGAAUACCAUCCGCACCUACCAGGUGUGCAAUGUCUUCGACAACAACCAGAACAACUGGGUCCGCACCAAGUACAUCCGCCGGCACGGCGCCCAGCGCAUCCACGUGGAGAUUAAGUUCUCGGUGCGCGACUGCAGCUCCAUCCCCAGCGUCCCCGGCUCCUGUAAAGAGACUUUUAACCUGUACUACUAUGAGACAGACUCAGACACGGCCAAUAAGGUGUCCCCGGCCUGGAUGGAGAACCCCUGGAUUAAAGUGGACACCAUUGCUGCAGAUGAGAGCUUCUCCCAGGUGGACCUGGGCAGCCGGGUGAUGAAAAUCAACAGGGAGGUACGGAGCUUCGGCCCCGUGUCACGCCAGGGUUUCUACCUGGCAUUCCAGGACUACGGCAGCUGCAUGUCGCUCAUCGCCGUGCGCGUCUUCUACAGGAAGUGCCCCCGCGUGGUCGAGAAUGGAGCUGUGUUCCCUGAGACCCUGUCGGGGGCGGAGAGUACCUCCCUGGUGGCGGCGCGGGGUGUGUGUGUGCCCAAUGGGGAGGAGGUGGAUGUGCCCAUCAAGCUCUACUGUAACGGGGACGGGGAGUGGAUGGUGCCCAUUGGGCGCUGUAUGUGCAAGGCUGGGCACGAGGCGGUGGAGAACGGCACGGUGUGUCGAGCGUGUGGCUCAGGGUUCUUUAAGCCUUCCCAGGGCGACCACCAGUGUCUCCAGUGUCCCAUCAACAGUCGCAUCACCAACGAGGGGGCCACCAACUGUGUGUGCCGCAACGGUUACUACCGCACCGACUCAGAUCCCCCACUGAUGCCCUGCACCACCAUCCCAUCUGCGCCCCAGAGUGUAAUCUCCAUCGUGAACGAGACAUCCCUGAGGUUGGAGUGGGGCGCGCCGCGCGAUGGCGGGGGCCGCGAGGACGUGGUCUACAACAUCAUCUGUAAGAGCUGUGGAGGAGGCCGGGUAGGCUGUACCCGCUGCGGGGACAACGUCCAGUUCGUCCCCCGCCAACUGGGCCUGACAGAGACCAGGGUCCACAUCAGUGACCUGCUGGCCCACACGCAGUACACCUUUGAGAUCCAGGCAGUCAACGGGGUCUCCGACCAGAGCCCCUACUCGCCACAGUACUCCUCGGUCAAAAUCACCACCAACCAGGCCGCGCCAUCGGCCGUGUCGAUUAUGCACCAGGUGAGCCGGACCCCUGACAGCAUCACUCUCUCCUGGUCCCAACCUGACCAGCCCAACGGCCUCAUACUGGACUAUGAGCUGCAGUACUAUGAAAAGAGCAUGGCAGAAUGGAACUCAUCAGUGGUGCGCAGCCAGACCAACACAGCAGUCAUCCGGGGCCUGAAGCCUGGAGCUAUAUACGUCUUCCAGGUGCGGGCUCGGACCGUGGCUGGAUUCGGACGCUUCAGCGGAAAGAUGUUCUUUCAGACCAUGACCGAAGAAGAGUACCAGUCCAGCUUUCAGGAGAAGCUCCCUCUCAUCAUUGGCUCCGCCGCUGCAGGCAUGGUCUUCAUCAUCGCUGUCGUCGUAUUCGUAUUCGUCUGCAAUCGAAGAAGCUCUGAGAGACCAGAAUCUGAAUUCACAGAUAAGCUCCAGCACUACACAAGUGGCCACAUGUCUCCAGGAAUGAAGAUCUAUAUCGACCCAUUCACUUAUGAGGACCCCAACGAGGCAGUGAGGGAGUUUGCCAAAGAGAUUGACACCUCCUGUGUCAAGAUUGAGCAAGUCAUUGGCGCAGGAGAGUUUGGGGAGGUGUGCAGUGGGAACCUGCGUCUCCCCGGAAAGAGAGAGAUCCUGGUGGCCAUCAAGACCCUGAAGGUGGGCUACACAGAGCGCCAGCGGCGGGACUUCCUAUCUGAGGCGUCCAUCAUGGGCCAGUUUGACCACCCCAACAUCAUCCACUUGGAGGGCGUGGUCACCAAGAGUGCCCCCGUCAUGAUCAUCACUGAGUUCAUGGAGAAUGGAUCACUGGACUCCUUCCUCAGGCAAAAUGACGGGCAGUUCACAGUGAUCCAACUGGUGGGCAUGCUGCGUGGCAUAGCAGCGGGCAUGAAGUACCUGAAUGACAUGAACUACGUGCACCGGGACCUGGCCGCCCGCAACAUCCUGGUCAAUAGCAACCUGGUGUGUAAGGUGUCUGACUUCGGGCUCUCGCGCUUUCUGGAGGAUGACACAUCAGAUCCCACCUACACCAGCGCCCUGGGAGGGAAGAUCCCUAUCCGAUGGACUGCCCCGGAAGCCAUCCAGUACAGGAAGUUCACCUCCUCCAGUGAUGGGUGGAGCUACGGCAUCGUCAUGUGGGAGGUGAUGUCAUACGGAGAGAGGCCCUACUGGGACAUGAGUAAUCAAGAUGUGAUCAAUGCCAUAGAACAGGACUACCGGUUGCCCCCGCCCAUGGACUGCCCUAGUGCCCUGCACCAGCUCAUGCUGGACUGCUGGCAGAAGGACCGCAACAAUCGGCCCAAGUUCAGCCAGAUUGUCAAUAACCUGGACAAGAUGAUCCGCAACCCCAACAGUCUGAAGGCCACGACGCCGCUGUCAUCAAGUGUUCACCUACCUCUGCUGGACCGCAGCACGCCUGACUUCUCCAGCUUCAGCACCGUGGACGAGUGGCUGGAUGCCAUCAAGAUGGGCCAGUACAAGGAGAACUUUGCCAACGAGGAAUUCACCAGCUUCGACGUGGUCUCCCAAAUGACCAUGGAGGACAUCCUCCGAGUAGGGGUGACCCUAGUGGGCCACCAGAAGAAGAUCCUUAACAGUGUCCAGUCUAUGCGGGCCCAGAUGAAUCAGAUCACCUCCGUUGAGGUCUGACCGCUGAUGUCUAGACAGGGAGGACACUGGACUGGACCGGACCUCCAGCCUGGUCUCCCUGUCAGACUGUGACCCCCAUCCCCAUCAGCCUCCCUUCUCUAGACCGCACUCCCAUGAGUUCAGUCAACAGUCGGCAGCCUGUACUUUAUGGUCAGUCUGCAGCCGUGCUCAGCGUGUCCACAACCACUGCCCCUCCUAUGUUCAGUUUGUCUCUAGCUGUGCUGAGUCUACGACUGUCCAGACUCUGUUCAGAUUUUGUCCAGUCUCCAACUGCAGUUGGAUUGCACGGCUGCAGCCCCUCCUUGUUUUUGUAGUAUGACAUUGUUUACAGUCUUUUGGUUGGAUAUGAUUUCUACUGGUCCCCAGACUAAAACUCAUCAACAGACGGCCCUUUAAAAGGGCUAUUAAGAGAAGGUUGGGACAAGACAUAUAACUUUACUCACAUCUUUCACAUUGAGAUUCUGAGGGUAUCAGUGACUUUAACAGUAGGACCAGUACUCUGAAUGGAGUGUAUGAUGUACUGGAUAGUGAAUAGGACAAGUGUCAAACUCCCAUACAGUUCCAUGGACUUAAUGGAUGUGAAAUGAAAUGACUCAUCUUCGGGAAGAGUCUGUCCCGUGAGAACAAACUUACCAUCCUUGUGCAUAAUGCUCUCAUUUGACAGUUUGAAAAUUGUUGUGAUUAUAUUACUGUUUGCUACCUACCUUCACUUCCGUUCUCUUGAACUUUGAACACACAUUACUUCCAAUAGCCCAAAUGAAACAUAAUAUAAAAGUACUGUACUGUGCAUGUCAUUGUCUCUUUCUCUUCUGGGAAUCACAGGCUGCCAUAGCCACUGAACCAUGUCGGCCAUUUUCACUGUUUUGGAGUUCCGCUCCGUGCAGUCUUUGUUUCGGUGACUCAGUUGGUAUUUGUUUUUAAAAUAUUUGUAUGUGCACCUUAAUAAAGAAGUAGGAUGGGCACUUCCAUAAAUUCUUCCAUUACAAAAGUGUUGUGUGCAAAGUUUAGAUUUCACUUUCCUUUUGUCCUCCUCUAUGUUUAAAGGAUCUCGUGUGAAUAUAUAUUUUGGCUCUGUCAUGAAAAAGCACUUGUCCUUCCAUUUAUGGUACAUACAAAAUGGCUGCAAUAGGUUAUGCAGCCAGGUGUACUAUACUGUACUUGCACAAAAUGACAGCCUCUGAAGCUCCAACCAGUUGGGAAAGGAUUCCAAAGGGAGCCUGCUGGUAUUUAAAAGACUUCACGGAACACUGUUGUUGUUUGGUUUGUUUUUAAAUGUGUUUUAUAAUGAUAUUUUGUGAUUUGUUUUUAUAUUGCUACCUAUGAUCACCUUUGAUGGAGCUGUGAAUUGUCACGUGAUCUGGGGUCAUACACGGCGUUCAUAUUGACAUAUGUAUAUACCGUUGCCAUUCAUUUUUCAAAAGUUAGGACACGUGUUUAUGAUUCGUCACAGAGAAAAGUGGGGACUUUUUAAAGAAAUGGAUGAAAGGUAAUUUCGUUUUUUUUUUUUGUACUGAGAAAUAGGGUACAGCUCUUUUUCAUAUUGUGCCAGCACAAAUCACAAGUUUACACAUUUAUACUCCAUCCAUAACAUACUGUACUUGAGGUUCAGGGAUUAGAAACAAAAAUGUUAAUUCAAAUAAAUAGACACUAGUCAAACCAG